AUGCCGCGCUGGGCACCCUGGACGCCGGAGCAAGUCGCGGAAGUGGCCGCUGAAACUUGGGAGGAAACUACCUGGAAUCCUGAACCGCAAGGGCAAUGGGAUGAUCCUCCUGCUUUGCCCACAGCGGGCGAAUCAACGGCCUCCUCGUCUUCGACUCCGGCCACCUCGUGGGACUCGGCUCCGACAACAUCCUCUCGAACUUGGUAUGCGGAGGUGGUCCAAAUGCGUGAAGCUUGGGGUGAGAUGUCGCCCGGAGUCCACUCACCGUCGUGUGCCUGGGAUGAGAACAUCAGCCUGUCGCUGCAACACGAGAUCCUCGAGACAGUCACGGAGUGGCCCUGGCCAGGGGAUGACCACAUCGACCUGAUUCUGAACUAUGGGUACGACGAGGCGAAGAAGCACUACCUCGACUUGGAGCACAACGACCCGAUUCCGGACCAGAUGCACAGCAAGACGCAGGUGACGAUCUGGGACUAUGUGACUAUGUCGUGA